UUUUCGCAUCGACGUUAUUUUUCACGUUUUUUUCCCUCAUCAUGAAAUGCUGAGUGAAGCUCUGAGCUCCUCCAGUCAGUUGAACUUCUGAAGAUGAACGCUCUGGUAGCUCUGUGUCACUUCUGUGAGCUCCAUGGACCUCGGACACUGUUUUGCACCGAGGCACUCCAUCCUCCGUCCCCAGACCCUUCAUCUCAAGUGGGUACCCCGGUACCUGGGGACAGAGACGGUGACAGAGAAGGAGAAGGUCUGACCAUGAAGGCCAACAGUUCAGCGACACAAAGAGGAGAGAUGUGUGAGGGAUGCCGAUCUCUACCUGCGUCUCACCCGGGUUUUGUGAGCAUCGAUGACGAAACAGGCAUUCGCUUUUUGAGCCAUCAGCAUCCCAGACAGUCGCAGCUCUUCAGUGUGGUCCGUCAGGCUUGUGUGCGAAGUCUCAGCUGCGAGGUGUGUCCUGGGCGCGAAGGACCUAUUUUCUUCGGUGAUGAACAACAUGGGUUUGUGUUCUCACACACCUUUUUUAUCAAAGACAGCCUGGCCAGGGGGUUCCAGCGUUGGUACAGUAUCGUUGUGGUAGCCAUGGACAGGAUCUACCUCAUUAACUCCUGGCCUUUCCUGUUACGACACCUCAAGCUCACCAUACAAAGUCUGCAGAGCACGGCACUGAAAGUGUUUGACAGCGAACAGGGAGUCUGUCCGCAGCGAGCUCUGAGGAUGAACAGCGUGUUUUCACCUGCCGUGUUUCCACAUCAGAGGAGCGGCAACGCGGCCCGUUCAUUAACGUCUCUCACCCAGCAUCCCAAUCUGUGGGCUAGUCUGCACUGCUCCUUCAGCUGGUUGCUGAAGGCUUGUGGCAGUCGUCUGACGGAGAAGCUCCUUGAAGGGGCACCCACUGAAGACACUCUGGUGCUUAUCGAGAGACAGACAGAGGAAGAAGAGGAAAUGAGCUGCUGGGAAGGAGCAGAGGGAUUUAAGUCACAGCUGCACCAAUCAGAGAACAAAAUGGGCCUCGACUUCCUUUGUGACGCUUCAAAAUUAGAUGAGUUACCUUGUCCAAAGUUUAGGUCCCUGAGGCAUCUGAGACAGGUCUUUGGGGCGAAUGACUUCCGACAGCUAGCGUGGCACGUGCUCAUGGGAAAUCAGGUCAUAUGGAGAAGCGCAGACCCCGGGCUCAUUCACUCUGCUUUUACUGUCCUCAAGUCUUUGCUGCCGGUCGGCUGUGUGCGCUCCGUGCCGUACAGCCCUCAGUAUGAAGAGGCCUACAAAUGUAACUUCCUGGGUCUCAGCCCAGACGUGCCUAUCCCAGCCCACGUCAGCUCCUCAGAGUUUUCAGUGCUGGUGGACGUCACUGUCAGAAGCUGUCAGGUCUCAUGUGAAGAUGAUAUCAGCCGUCUUUAUCAGUUCACCAUCAGCAGCGCCAACACACAACCCACAGACAGAGGUCCAACGUUACUGAACAAGCUGGAGGUGGCCCUGUCUAACGAGAACCUGUCUGUGGACGUCGUGUCUCACUGCCUGCUGUGUUUGAAGGAAGAAUGGAUGAACAAAGUCAAAGUGCUGUUCAAGUUCUCCAAAGUGGACGGUCGAGGGAGGGAGGACACCCAGAAGGUUCUGGCCCUCCUUGGAGCCACAGGGCCCGGUGAGGAGGAGAACGUGCGACUGCUCAAGUACUGGAUGACCGGACUGAGUAAAACAUACAAGGGUCAUUUAAUGACAGCCGUACGAGGAGGAGAGAGGAGCCCCAGUCAGUGAAAACUGAGGAGGAGGAGCAGGUGAAGGGUAAAGUGAGGAAAUGAUCUAAAUGCUAAAGGAAGCGAGUCUUUUCACGGCUUGUAUUUUUAUAACCGUCAGGAGCACUGUGAAUGGAUGAUCCUGCUCAUCCAUUAUUGUCUUUUUAAGUAAUGAGAAAUCUAUUGUGUUCUGAUUAUCCUGCUCAGAUUAACACAAUCAGUAAUUCUGGGAUAAUGCACGGUGGGGCUUCAUCGUCUAAUAUAACCUCAAAAUGUAAAGUUUAACUUAUUACCAAAAGUCUUUGCACUUUGUUUACUCAUGUGGAUGUUUCAGAAUAAAAUAAACAAACAGCUUGACAUCC